GGGCGGGCCCCGGCGCUCCCGAAGGGGGCCUAUAUAAGUAGACUCGCUUGGCUUAUAACGCGAUCCAACACAAUCACUUCUGCCUCAUCAACCAGACAUGCGUCCUCCCGUGCUGUUUCUCUUGUUUUGCCUCGGCCUUGCGGUUGCCCAGCACAAUCAACCGUAUCAACCGACCACACCGGUGCCUAUCUUAAAGCAAAUAAACAAACACAACGAGGACGGUAGCUACAGUUACGGCUUUGAGGCAGCGGACGGCUCGUACAAGAUCGAAUCAAAGUAUCCGACCGGCGAGGUUUAUGGCAAGUAUGGCUUCGUGGACGACUCAGGGAAUUUACGCGAGAUCGAGUACGGCGCGUCCAGACGUGGCUUCGAGCCGAUCGGUCCUGGGAUAAACGUGCCCCCGCCAACCUUGACCGGCAACAGCAUCGCCGGCGCCGGGAACGAGCCCGAGGAUGACGGACAGUACCGCGAAGACCCGGCGAUCUAUCACACCGAUCCGCGUUACACCAACGGAGAACGUUACGAACUGGCGCCUAAACAUAGACAACAACCGAUCAUCUACAAUCAGAUCGCGCCGGCACCGGCGCCAGUAGCUUACAAUCAACCGAGGUAUAAUGCGCCCGUCAAUUAUCAACCGGCGACGGUAAGCCAGCGGAUCCAGUCGGAAUAUCGACCACAGUAUCGAUCGCAGAAUCAACCACAGUAUCAAGGUCAGCAAUUGCAAUCCACGUAUCCUUCACCUGCGAUUCCAGCCCGUCCUCAAGGACACUCCACGACCAGUAUCGACGUCAACGCCGGUUUAGCGUCUUACACAGUUAAUUACAAACGAUAAGGGAAAUGAAAGGAAUAAGAAAGGAAAAAGAAAAGUAAGAGAAAGAGAGAAUUUUUUGUGUCAUGUGUAUGUACAUAUAUGUCAUUGUUCAUCGAUAUUUUAAGAUUGUUAUUGUCUAAACGUGUGUUUGUUUAAUUAUUAAUAUUAUUAUCUGAAUAUUUCUCGGUAACAGAUUAAUUUUUCAUGUGUUAAUUUAGCGAUAGAUAAUGGCAUACAGUUACAUUGGUAGGUAUUUAUGACUAAUUUUGUGUGUGUGUAUUUUGGAUUAUACUUAAUUUUUUCAUCCUCGCGAGUUUCGAAUGAGACGAUAUUUUCUACCUCUAUUUUCCGAUGUUUCCUCUACUUCUUUUGCUUUAAGAGUUUCUAUCUCUUUUCUAUAAUUAAUUAAAGCAAAAUUACAGCUCUUCUAUGAUUUAUUUGUUUUUAAUUUCAACUUGCACGUGUUUACUUUUUCCUUCUUUCAUUUGCAAUGACACACAUCAGCAUGAAGUUAAUUUAUGUGACCAUAUACGAAAGGCUUUCUGGUAUUAUGCUCACCCAUUUCGAUAAGUAACUUGAAAUUCGUCAACAGAUCAAUCUUGCAAUCUUAUUUAUAUAUAUUUAAAUAUACGUAUCAUAUACAACAUGUGAAAAUAGCAUGUAAUAUUAAGCGAGGCAAACCGAGCGAAGUAAGUAGGAUACUAUCUACAAGAUCAAUAUCGCGCGUCAGACUUGACGAUUCGCAAAAAAGGUAAUAUUGAACGAUUUUGAUCGGCUUUAUAACGAGAUAUAUUGAGCAAUAUAUGUGUAUAAUUGAAUCAUCUCUAAUUACAACGUAAGUACUUGGCAAUAAAUUUCAGUUGUAUGCGUCAGGUGCAUGCGCAACGUUAACGGAGUUUCCUAAAUUCUUCUAUUUAAUAAUUGAAAACGCAGUCAGUAUUUUUCUCCCGCGUACAAGGAACGCUGUUGGGCUAUACUUGACACACCCAAGAAUUUUAUCGUUGUGUAACGCUUAAAGGCACCCGUACGUACUACCUUCGCAGUCAGUCUUUUCGAUAGUAUGCUUAAUAAAAAUCUUCACGACAAAUCAAUCAAAUCUUCAGUAUUUGAGAGACUUUAUUAUCUGCAUUUUUUUAGGACUCAUUUUCAUUUUAAUUUUUAAAAAGUUAAUGGAUUCUAAUUCAUAAUAUAGCAUUUCGUCAUUACAGGAAGGUAUGUUUCACAUUUUUGUGUGUACAUGAAGAACUUGGAAAUUUAUAGAACUUGGAACUUUUGACUACAAUAUUGUUAGUUGUUGACGAAAGUGAUAUCACAAAAAUG